UAUGAAAAUAUUCAAUGAUUAUUGGAUCCUUAAAAAUUACUUUGGAUUACUUGAGGAAAGCGUUUAAUUAGAUAAGUUUGAUGUCAUCUAAUCUGGUGAUUUGUUUUAAAGUGAAACUUCAAUUCGAGACUAUUAUUAUUUUAAACAAGUUGAAAUUGGAGUUUCUUAUCUGUAUUACUUGAUCACGUACAAACCUUUGUUAAAACUUUGUUGCAGCAAAGUUUAUAUUGUAUUAACUAAUAUAGUAAAUAUGGCAAAAAAUGUCGAUUACUACGAUGACUUUUUAAUGCAAAAAGGUUUGCUGUUUGCUCAACCAAAGUACGGAUGCGUUUUUAUAUUUAAAGAAACUGAUCGGUUGGUAGAUAAAAAAGAUGCUUGUUUGAAAUUGAAAGCAAUUAUUUACAAAAUAUGGUUAAAGUUCAAAGCUGAAGUACUUAAUGUGGUGGCUGCUUUUGACCCACAAGUGUGGGAAGAUUCUCACAAGGAUUUGCCAGAAUGGAUAAGCAAAGCUGGUACACUCGAAAAAAGAAGUGACAGUAACACACUUGUUGAAGGAAAAUCUAAAUUUAAAAAUACUGGUGGUUUUGCAAUAGUGAUGGUAAGAAAAAUGGCUGAUCAUGAAAAAGAUUUUCUUAUUAAAAUUGAAAGUCUUAAAAUUAAAUUUACUAAAUUUGUUGAAACUUAUCACUUGGAGUUAUUGAUUCAAGAAUGUGAUGGUAAAGAUGCUUUUAGUGGACUUUAUAUUGAUGGCUUGGGUAACAAAUCAGAGCCUUCUAUUUUACAAGAUACUAUAUCUUGUAUACCUGGAGUUAAUGGUUAUCCAGGUGGUAGCUAUAUGCUUCAGCAACAACUAGAUUUUACUUGGAAUAUUUUAAGUCAACAGAAUGCUACUGAUAUUGCAUUGAUGAUUGGAAGACAUAAAGACAACACAAUGUUAAUAGGUAAUAAUGAACGCACGCAUAUUACAUGUGUACACAAAGUGCAUCAGGAUAUUAAUGCACGCUCUAAAUAUAGACUGCAUCGAAUUUCAAUGCCAUAUACAUAUAAAAAUGAAAAAUCAGAAAAUCAACCAGGAGGAUUUGGUGGAGCCAACAAAGAAAGUGGACUUUUCUAUAUAUCUUUUUCAAAAUCAACUGAAUAUAUACUUGACAUUCUGAAAGACAUACUUGGAGAAAAAGAGGAUUGCACUAAUGACUUGCUAAUUGCCGCCAUGCAAAGCAAAGGAGGUGCUUUUUAUUAUACUCCUGCUGUUAAAGAAUUUGGCGAUGGUCCAAUUGUUGGCAAUCAAAAAAAUACUCUUUUGAUUGAUCACUGGAAUGUUCGUCAUCCAUCAAAUUAUCGUUUAUUCUAUAAUCAUAAAGAAUAUCUGUAUCGGAUGGGGUUAGCACGAAUAACUUUAGAAAAAAGUAAAUCUCCUAAAAGAAAAAAGUGUGAUAUACAGACAUAUCCUGAGCCGCUAUCAGAACGAAUUUUACACCUGACUACAAAAAUGUUUGAAGAUUGGGAAGAUACUUGGUUUAAACAAAGAAAUGCUGAUCCACUUCCUCAUUUGGAAGAUCAAUUUAGAAUAAACCGAGAUAUACCUAUCUCAAAUUUUAAUGGAGAAAAAAUACAGAAUAUAAUGUCUGCAUCACUUCAAAUGCGAUGCGCUGUUUCACUUUAUUUAGCAUUGUCAGAGGUGUAUACAACCUCUGAUUUAACAGAUAAUGCAAAGGAUUCAUAUGGUGUAAAAAAUGAAACCUUUCAACUUAAUCCUAAGGAUCUCAUAGCUGGUAAAAUUCCUGUUUAUGGAUUAGGAGUUGGUCAGCUAGCAAUGCCAUAUCUAACGAAAGAUAUAGAUGGUGAGUUGUCAAGUGAGCAUAUUUUAGCUUAUGCACACAAAUUAAGUGAAACUUCAGGAUUUGGUCAUGUGAUUCCAAAUUACCAAAAAAUAAUUCAGAAAGGUCUACCAACUUUCUUAAAAGAAAUAAAAUCAUACAUGGAUUUAUCAACUGACUCAAUGAAAAAGGAAUUUUAUUGGUGUUGUUUAACAGCAUUCAAAGGUAUUCAAAAGUACUUAGAAAACUAUGCUAAUUUAGCUCUGUUUCUAGCUAAUCGUGGAGUUGAAAAGGAUAUACACUUUGCUAUCUCUUCUACCGAAUGUAAUGAACUUUAUAGUAUGGCUCAAAGAUUAAACUGGUUAGCAAAUGGGAACGGAAAUGGAUCAGGUAAACCAAGAAAUUUUUUGGAAGCAACUCAAUUGCUAUUUACUUUACAUUGUUGUUUACAUCUCUGUUGUGAACCUGUUUCAAUUGGGAGAUUUGAUGUUAUACUUGAAGAGUUCUUUGACCCAAAUGAUAGAUCCAAUCAAGAUGUUGUGGAUGCAUUUUGGAUCAAAAUAGGAGAGAAAGUACAAUUAAAUAGAGAAACCAGGUUGGACUUAUAUACUGUUGGUACUAUUGCUGUUCCUUAUAGAAGUGAUGGUAUGUUUGCCAGAGGGGAUGGAUGUAACCAAUGGGUUCAACAACUUACAAUAGGAGGCUUUGUUGCAGAUGAUUCAGGAGAAAGGGUUUUGCCUUCUGCUAAGCGUAUUGAGAUUUCUAAGUUAUGUCUAAGAUCAGCACGUCGACUUCCCUUAAAUGCACCUUGUCUUUCUUUACGAGUUUAUUCUGGAAUGGAUGAUAUUUUACUGAAAGAGGCAGCUUAUACUAUUCUUAGCGGUGGAGCACAUCCAGUUCUUCCUCAUGAUGACCUAUUAAUUCCAGCAUUGAUUAACACAGGACUAAAUUCAAAAGAUGCUAUUAAUUAUUCCAGUGAUGGUUGCUAUGAACCUAUAGUACCUGGAAAAACUGAAUUUUCAUUUGCUUAUGUUGCUUUACUUCCUAUUUUGGAAAUGACUUUGAACCGUGGAGCAACUAUAUCAAAUGCUGGUCCCGCUGGUAUGCGUGGUUAUGCAGUCUCUCGGGAUUUACGACCUGAUUCUGGGGACAUUAAAUCAUUAGAUGACAUAAAAAAGCAUUUUGGUAUGCAUUUACGUUUGCAAAUGAAUGAUGCUCUUAGUGGUUUACUUAGUAACUAUGGAAAUAUCAACACUAUACUGACUACACCAUUGCUAUCAUCUAUGAUAGAUGGUUGUUUAGAAAAAGGUAGAGAUCAUUACAACGGUGGUGCUGAACUCAAAAUGAUUGGACUGAUGGUUGUUUCUUUUGCAAAUACUGUUGAUUCACUUUAUGCUAUACAAGAACUCUGUUUUGGUGAUAAAUCUUUUAUUACAUUGGAUCAAUUAGUAAGAACACUGCAGUCAGAUUGGGGAUUUGAUUUACAAGAACCUUGGUUUGACCCUGUGGAUGGUGAAAUUGGCAAGCAAAUAAGUGCUGCUAACAUGAAACUUAUUAGAGAAGUAGCUUUGAGUCUUCCAAAGUUGGGUUUGGCAACCAAAGAAAAUGAAAGAAAUAAGAAUACUUUAUCAAGCUAUUGUCCUAUCACUUUAAAGGAGAUCGCCAGUUGGCUUGCAAAGGAGAUUGUAUUAGCAUUCACAGAAGUGACAACACUUCCAAAAUAUACUUUAAACAACAUUGUUAAAUCAUUAACUGAAAAAUAUGGUACUUCUGAUGAGAAGAAUGGAAAAAAACCGUUCAUAAACUUUCAAUUGGGAUCAGGAACUUUUGAAGGUUAUGUUGGAUGGGGAUUAGGGAUUGGAGCUUCUGCUGACGGAAGAAGAAAAGGUCAACCUCUAGCAUCUGAUAUGAGUCCUGCCCCUCUACCUCAAGACAUUUCUGAUUCACCUCGAAAAGUUGAAGAUAUUUAUAAAAUUUUGGAAUAUUAUGAUAUAGAGGAACUAAAAACAGGUUUUUCAAAUGGUACAGAAAUUGAUUUAACAAUUGAUGAGGACACAAACGAAGAAGAUUUGUUUCAAUUCUUAAGAAAUUAUGCUGAUAGAAAAAAAAGCAUGGGGGGGAAUGUAUUGACAUUGACGUGCGCCAGUCAAGACACUUAUCGUGCAGCAAUGAAAAAUCCAGAGAAAUAUGAUCUUGUUCGAGUAAGAACUGGAGGCUGGGGUGAAUUCUUCAUAUCAUUUUAUUCUGCUCAUCAGAAACAACAUUUGCGUCGAACUUUUGCAAUUGUUAGUUCUUCAUGAUUUUAAUUAAACAUGGUUUUUAUAUUGACUCUGGAUAGCGUUAUGAGUGGUAUUGAGUUCCGUAGUGAUGAUACGAAGUUUAUUUUAAACUUAGGUAUUGUAUUUUUAUAAAUAAAGAAUUUUUUUAUUGUAGUUAAUAAUUAGUGAAGUAUUUUCAUAUUGUAAAGGAGUUUGUACUUUUUAAAUUUUAUAAUAAAGUUUGCAACGAA